AUGAACGACACGUUUGCAGCAAAUAAGGAAGAAUCAAGGGAUUCCAUUUGCAACAACCCAUUCCUCUCACUCUCUGACAUCUGUACAGCCGUUUCCUGCUUUCUUCCUUUUCUGCCUCUUUCUCACCACUUCUUAAACGCUUCUUCUAUUCACUUCUCUCCUGCGACCUCGCUUCUCAUCGCUCUCUUUCUCGCUGCAUCGUGCUUGAACUUCGACGGUGAUGAGUUUUUUAGAAUUCUGAUGAGUCUCAUUGGUUGUUUGCUCCACCAGAAGUUCGAGUUUUACUUCUGGAUCACUUCUGAUCUGUCAACUUCUCUGUGUGGUUUAUAUCGUAUUCUCGUCGCUCGAACUUCGAUGGUGAUGAGUUUUUUCAGAAUUCUGAGUUUUAUUGGCCAGAAGUUCGAGUUUUUCUUCUGGGUCACUUCUGACCUGUUAAGUUCUCUUUGUGGUUAUAUCAAUUCUUCUGAGUUGCACUCGUUGUUUGUUAGCAUACAGAAGGUCGAUGGUGACGACGAUGUUUUUAACUUUUCACCCAGAAUUUUUGAGGAUCAUAUGGCAUCAUCUAAUAAUGUUGACAAUAAUGGUGGAUUUCUGGUGUAUAGACGCAAAAGAAAAGGCACAUCUCCGGAAGCAAGCAAGCCAUUCCAAACUGCUGUAGGGAUCAUAUCCAUAAAUUCAAACACUUCCGAGGCGAAAGCUGACAGCAACACACCAGCUUCUGGUGUAGCAAGGGAUAGACUCAAAAAGAAGGUGGAGUUUGAUAUCAGUGGAAUGGAACAUCAUGGAGGAGCUCCAACUUCUGGGACUCAACUUGGAAGUGCCAUGGUACAACAAACCCCAAAGGAAGUCAGAGAUGGUAAACAUUUGGUUGUCAGGGAAGUUUUGCAGAAGUCAAUGGAGGAAGAGGUUGACGAGUCAAAGCUGCAGAGUAAUGAUGCCGCUAUAGUGCAGCAACUAGCCCCAGUACACACUCCAUCAGGCCAUCAAGCCAUGAAAGAGAAAUUUGUUGAGCUUCGCAAAAGACAGAAAAGAAGACUACUAAGAGUAAAGAAAGAAAGGAAGGAGGCUCACUCACGUUCAAGACUUGUUGAAGAACCAAAGCAAAGAUCUGAUCCUGGGAUUUUCAAAAGAGAAGGUCCAAAUUCUCUGGCGUGCUCUUCUUUAAUAAGUUUGAAGGGCAAAGGCAUCACAAUUCCAAAUGCUUCAUUGCAAGUGCCUCAGAUUGGUUCAGCUUCAGGCUUUCCAUCAAACGCCCCAUUUAACAGAUCAACUUUGAACUCAACAACGCCGCCAUUGAUGAUGAGGAGACCUGCUGGUUUUCUUAAACGCAACACAAAGCCCAAUGACUGGAGUCAGAUCGAGCUUGAUGCUCUGUGGAUUGGUGUUCGCAGAUAUGGCCAAGGUAACUGGGAAAGAAUACUCACAGAUCAAGCUGGUUUCAUUUUCAAGAACAAAACCCCACAAGAUCUCUCCACCAGGUGGAACAUGGAGCUUCUCAAAAUCAUGCCUCCAUUAUUUGCUCAUCAGCAACCAACCUGCUUCAAUAACAUUCUCAAUCCUACCAUGUCAUCAUCACUGAUGAUCAGAAACGGAAUGAUGAGCUCUCACCAUCAUUUUGCUCCUCAAGGCCCAUUACUGAUGAAUGUCAAUCCACGGCCAAACGUGGCUGGACUUAUGUUUCAGACAUUCCAUCAUCAUCAGAGGGCUGAUCAUCUGAAGAUGAUGGAGGCAUUGCAGCAGAUUGCACCGAUGAAGAAUAAUGUUGCUGUGCAGAGAAACUGGUUUCCAGUAAGACCUGAGCCUAAUAACUUGAAGAUGGAUCAUGGUUGUGUCCAGUUUCCAUCUAUGAAAGAGAACAAGAACAACAACAACAACAACAAUAAUGCAGGUCAUCGUUGUGAUCACCCCAUUACAGUGAUUGGGUCAGAUUCUGAACAAGACUCGAGCAACAGCUUGUCUGAAACAACUUUGUCUGCUUGA